AUGACGGUGUCUACUUGUGGCAUGCAUUGCGGAUGGUUCAGAGAUCUGUGGAGGCUGCCAGAGUACCUGUAUCAAGCUAACAGAGAUCCGAGAGUGCGGGCUGUGUUCAGAGCUAGGAGAGAUGCAUAUGCUCAGCCACCGUGGAAAAUAGUGAGAUUUGCUGGACAGAUGUUUAUUGGAACAAUAAUGGCCCACCUGUUUAGACUAGCAAUACCAGAGUUUGUGCUGGAUAAUAUGGAGAAUGGAAUGGAUCAGGUGUUCAAAGUUAUACUACCUGUAAUGGGUGCUGCUACAGGUGUGAGUUUAGUAUCGAACAUAGGCUUUCAGAAGGUUGCUUUCAAGUGGUGUAUAUUAGGCGCAGCUAUUUCAACACCAUGGCUUCUGUUAGAGAGUCCAUCUAUUGUCUGCGCACCUUUGUUUGCUUCCCUCAUGGCUAAUUAUAAACGUGAGUGGGAUAUUGAAAAGGAACCACCCACUGGGGUUUGUAACUUUAUAAAGCGAGUUAUUGUAUUAACAUUAUGUGGAUGCAUUUACUUAUCCCUGUGGACAUCUGCGAUCUAUUUCAACAUGCAUGUAACUACGAGUGACGGAAUGAGAGUCCCUGUCUAUGAGGCGGUAGGGAAUUUCUUUGAAUCUCCGGCCUGGAAAGAUUUUAAGAAGACGAUGAAUGAAUUAUACGAGUUUUGUCAAGUGAACGGUUGGGACACGUGUUAUCAACAUCUGAUAGAGCAUCUAGAUCCGACAGGAGAAUCACAUGCCUAUAAGGUAUUAGGGUUUGAAGGGGUGACGGCUCAUCCAGAUGAAAUACAGCCUCGCUGUCGAAAGCUCAGCCGGCAGUUCCAUCCUGAUAAAUUUAAAACUGCUGCGGAAAAACUCGCCGCUCAAGAAAAAUUUAUAGAAAUCCAGAGAGCAUGUGACACUUUGAACGAAAUGCGUAAAAGACGUGCAGAGAAAAAUAUGAAAUCAGAUACGACUAAAGCGCCACCUAAAGACCGUAGAAAAACUGAAUUUUAAUGUCUGAUUUCAAAGUAGGAAGUUUUGAUAUCUUUAAGUGAUUUCAUAUCAGGUCUUGUUGUUAUAAGUCGGGUUUUGACAGUCCUAGUAUAUACAAAAUUUUCACUCCAAAACCAGCCACAAAUUGUUUGUUUGUCAGGAAUUGGAUAGGAAUUUGCUACAAUAACAAAACAUGUGGGUUUGAAUGUUGAAGUGUUUAUACAAGUGCAAGGAAAAAUACUGAUUCAAGGUCAAGGUCAGACUGCGAAGUUUCUAUCAAAACAACACAUUGCUUACAUUUAAUAAUUUCCCCCAAGUUAAUGUUGAUUGGCAUUGAUUGCCUCUCAUAUGCCUCUCAUAAUCAAUGUCAAGUACUUAAUGAAAAAGAUAACUUGAAAUUAUCAGGAGCCCAUUCCACCUAUCUCAGUACUAGAGAGAGAGAGCAGAUCUACAGGUCACGUGGUUAUAGGUUUGAUCCAUAUCCAAGUUGUAUGUGCUCUGUGACAGUUUGAUAUGAUAAAAGGAAUUGUGUCAAAAGCCUCUUCGUCCUCCGCCUCUGAAAUAUGUGGAGAAGUUGGCAGUUACUUGCAGAUAACAGGUUAGUACUGGUACAGAAUACAUCAACACUGGUUAGGUCAACUUAUAAACCCCAAACAAAAAUAAAGUAAGAUUGUCAGACUUGAUUCGAAGGCUAGUUCAGCAUACUAAUCUAAUAACGAAUUUUACUUCACUUUGAUAAGGACACUUGUCAGUCACUGUAUGUUUGUUAUUGAAAAUGUAGCUAAUUCUUUGUUUUUGUUUCAAAAGAAAAAAAAUCAAAUAUUUAAAUUUUCAAAUUUGAUGGACGAUUAUGUAAAUUUCUUACUGAAAGCCAUUUAGAAGAGAUUCAUUCAGUGGGUAGGGCUUUGACUUUCUUAGGGUGAAUAGGGCAUGGUGGGGAUCAGCAUAAUUAUCAUUUGAAUCACUUUAAAAUACACUUUUUUUACACUGUGAUAAAGAAAGAAUCUAAGCUGAGAUAAAAAAUCAAAAUUUUAUUUUGUGAAACAUUUACACCCUGCUUUAAAUAUGGCUUUACUGAAUCGUGCAAAAAAAAGUUGAUUUUAUAUGAAAUUAAUAUUUUUAAAGUAAAACUUGAUGCAAAUUGUAGGAACUUUUGCAUUUGUUUUACCAAAUUGUUUUAAUUUUGAAAUCCAAAGAUAAAGUUUAUACAAAGAUCUGUUGUUACUGCAUAAUUUAUGUACAUAUAUGUGUGUAUGACUUAAGGGUUUUUCUUAAAUCAUUUAUUAUGUGUGUAUUUGCUACCAGUGUUGUUUACACCAUUAUAGAUUACAAUGUAUUAUCAAACAUCCUGUAAUUCAUUUUUUAUGUAUCUGUUACAGCCUUUUUAUCAGUCAGUUGUUGAAAAAAUCAUUAUCACAGAACAUGUGAAUUAAGCAAUGAUAAUAUUUUUUUAUAUUAAAAUAAAUUUGGAAAACCUCACAUAUGAAAUUAUUUUAAAGUUAAACUAGUUUUUCUAAGACCUCAUUGAUUCCUGCCAAGCUAUAAAAUCAGAUAUCUUUGUGAGGGAUUUAGGUUUUCUAUGGGACCUCUGUGGGCGAGUGGUUAAGGUUGCUGACUACAAAUCACUUGCCCCUCAUCAAUGUGGGUUCGAGCCUCACUCAGGGCGUUGAAUUCUUCAUGUGAGAAAGUCAUCCAACUGGCUUACGGAAGGUCGGUGGUUCUACCCAGGUGCCCGCUCGUGAUGAAAUAAUGCAUGGAGGGGCACCAGGGGUCUUCCUCCACCAUUAAAGCUGGAAAGUCGCCAUAUGAUCUAUCAUGUGUCGGUGCGAGGUUAAAUUUUUUUUUAAAAAAGGUUUUCUGUACUGUGAAACUAUGAAUAGUUGUUGGGGACUUAUUCUCAUGGAUUUUAUUAUUGCCUCAGUCCAUGAAUAAACAAAAAAAAACACAAAAAACAAUAUUUAUUAUUCAAUAGUUGCAAUCUGCUCAUUCUUAUCCCCAUGAAUUGCCAUCUCAGUCAAAGCCACGAAUUUCAUGGCCAUGAAAUCAUUUGAUUUCACAGUACUCCCUAACUGUAUUUUGUGAAAGUAAAUUCUCAAGAAAUUGUUUGCAUUGCUAUAAACAGACCACAGAUUUCACCAGAUUAUCAUAUAUCACGAAGAUUCUAUCACUCUUACAACUUUGAAUCUCAAAAAAGCUAACCAAUAUUUGGUCUCACAAACAUAUCUGAUUUUAAAGUAAUUGUUUAUUAUUUUUGUAGGCUUAUUUGUGUGAAAACAUUUUACUGUUGUUGCUGAUGUUACUGAGAGACUUACAUGUACAUUGAAUGUAAAUACACUUGAGCCACAGCGUAAUGUUUAGUAUGAAUGGUGUUAAUGCAAACGUCCUACAAGAUUGUUGAAAAAUGGUUAGGUUUUUUUUUUCAAGAAUUGAUAAAUUUAAUGUUUAUAUAAUUUCUUUUGCAUUCAGGUUUGCCAUUGUUAAUACAUAUCUGUACAUAGUAGACUUGAUAAUAUCAGUAUUAGCAGUGGUUAGUUUUUGAGCUCAACUAUUAAAACUUUUUCAGACAGUAGAGCUUUGGUUGUCAACCUGUCGUGGUAUCCGCAUGACAGUGGUUUUGCAUGUAAGCAGGUUACUCAAAUAAUGUUACGUCUUUGGCAUCAUUAGACGGUCUAACAGGAUAAGUUACAUAUAGCUCUAACUUACAUUUUAUAAUUAUUUUAUUAUACCAGAUUUAUACAGUACGCUUUUCAUGACAAACAUGUUCAAGUUUAAUCAGAUGUCAGUCACACAUUUUACAACAAAAAUAGGGAAUAAAAACUUAACGAACAUUUUUAAUCAAUUGUUAAAUGGAUGAAAUGAAAAAUAUAUUUUACCAUACAAAGUCUUAAGUCAUUAUCAGACUUAUUUUAUAUCAGACUGUAAUGAAUGUAAGAUAUAUUUGAAAAUCAAAAUUUUGUGUUCGUUUCCAAGACAUCAAAUGUCAAAAAUGUUUUAUGUUUAAAUAAUUCAUUUCAAAAUGGUCAUUAUGCCAAAGGGAGCUUUAUUGAAAUAGUGAUGCUUCAGUUUUUAAUUCAUUAAUCCAUUGUUUUGCAUUAUGUUUAAGGCUUUUAGAGACAGAGAGAUAUCUAAUUGUUUAUAAGGAUCUCAUUCAUUAAUUUAUAUAAGUUUCUCAGAAUCUUUUUAGAAAAAGUUGUUUGUUGUAACCUUAUUUUGAUAUAGUGAUAUUUAAACUAUUUUUAGCUCGACUAUUCGAAGAAUAAGUAGAGCUAUCCUACUCACCACGGCGUCGGUGUCGGCAUCGGCGUCACACCUUGGGUUAAGUUUUUUCGUACCAGUCCACAUUUUGACAAAGUCUUUUGAGAUAAAGCUUUGAAACUUUCAGCACUUGUUUACCAUCAUCAUGGCCAGUUAUAGGCAAGAGCACAUAACUCAGUCAAGGAUUUUGGCUGAAUUAUGGCCCUUUUUGACUUAGAAAUCUGGGUUAAUAUUUCGCACCAGUUCAUCUUUUUUUACAAAGUCUUUUGAGAUAAAGCUUUGAAACUUUCAACACCUGUUUACCAUCACCAUGUCCAGUUAUAGGCAAGAGUACAUAACUCCAUCAAUGAUUUUGGCUGAAUUAUGGCCCCUUUCGUCUCAGAAAUCAUGGUUAAGUUUUUCGUACCAGUUCAUAUUUUGACAAAGUCUUUUGAGAUAAAGCUUUGAAACUUGGCCGAAUUAUGGCCCCUUUUGACUUAGAAAUCAUGGUUAAGUUUUUCAUACCAGUUCAUAUUUUGACAGUCUUUUGAGAUAAAGCUUUGAAACUUUCAACACCUGUUUACCAUCACCAUGUCCAGUUAUAGGCAAGAGUACAUAACUCCAUCAAGGAUUUUGGCUGAAUUAUGGCCCUUUUUGACUUAGAAAUCUGGGUUAAUAUUUCGCACCAGUUCAUAUUUUGACAAAGUCUUUUGAGAUAAAGCUUUGAAACUUUCAACACCUGUUUACCAUCACCAUGUCCAGUUAUAGGCAAGAGUACAUAACUCCAUCAAGGAUUUUGGCUGAAUUAUGGCCCAUUUUGACUUAGAAAUCUUUGUUAAGUUUUUCGUACCAGUUCAUAUUUUUUGUAAAGUGUUUGACAUAUGGCUUUGAAACUUUUAUCACUUGUUUAGUAUAAUAGUCUCUAUCUGUAGGAAAGAGAACAUAACACUGUCAUUUAUUUUGGCUGAAUUAUGGUCCUUUUUGGAUUUUGAAAUUGGUUCUGUUUUCAUACAAGUCCAUGUUUUGUCAAAACUAUUUGACAUAUGGCUUUUAAACUUUGAACACUUGUUUAUCAUUAUGAUUUCCAUCUGUAGGCAAGAGUACAUAACUAUUUUGAUUGAAUUAUGGCCCUUUUUGGGCUUUGAAAUUGGCUGAUAUAUUGCCAUUUAGUGCAAGACUUAUCGAAAUCAAAGUAAUACAGGAACAUUGUUUGUCUAAUCUAUUUAUUCCUUUUGUCUGAAUAUCCGUGGAAAUAUUUUGACCCCAUUCUUCAAUCAAUUCUUCGAAUAGUCGAGCGCGCUGUCAUCAGACAGCUCUUGUUUAAUGUUAUAGUGACUGUAUUUUAAAGGCUGGACAUUUUGCAAAUGUUUUGAAUGGUGUCUGAACAUACAUUUUGCAUUCACUGCUUUUAAAUUAUUUAUUAUAUAUAUAUAGUGUUUUGAUUAUGGUUUUGGAUCUUGUCUUGUUAAAAGCUGUUCAGAUUUAUGCAAAGUUUUAGCUGGUGCAGUACAAUCUGAACAAAUCCACAAGGUAAAUAAAAUUCUUUCAUACGCCCAUGUAACAGGACAUAUUAUUUGAUCGCCAGAUGUGGGUGUAGUCCACGAAAACUGUCCAGGCUCUAACUUACGCAGGUCUUUACAAAUGUUCACCAAACUUGGUCAGAAUGUUAAAAUCAGCAUCUUAUCUCGGCCAGUUUUGAUAACUAUCUGGCCGGAAAAUACCACUUUCUUAGGAGUGAUAGCCCUUGAAUUACUAAAAAUUGCAAAAUUUGACACAUGAUCGCUUAAUAGUCAGGGUAUUUUAUAUUGGAACUAAACACAGUUUAUAAACUCCAGACCAAGUUCGAUAAUCAGCCAGAUCAGAUCAGUAUCUCCAGAGUUAGGGCCAUUGAAUUAGUCAAGUUUGAUAAAGUUGGCAAUGUCUGCUCAAAAUAAUGUAGGUUGUUUUAUUUAGACCAUUUUAUAAACGUUUGGGUCACAUUAAAUAACCAUCCAGUUUAGACCAGCAUCUCCAAGAUAUUUACUGUCCAUGAAUUUAUUAUACAUGUAAUUGCAAAAAUUAACAGUGUCCACACAAAUACUCUUUUCAUGGAUCUCAACUAUGCAUUUUUAUACCAAAGAUGUAACUCUGUGUUUGGUAACAGGGCAGUUCGGAUAAGUAUCUCCAAAGUUGCAACCCUUGAAUUAGCCAGAAUUGCAAUCAGUUAACUGUAUCAGUUCAAGAAGUGGAGUAUUACAUAAGUCAAUAUUCAUUUGCUGACAAGGGUAUAUUUGUGAUUAUGACACUACUGUUUAAGAAUUCUGGUUAAAUCUCCACUUUCUAGCUCUAGUGCCAUACAAUACAGCUCUGUCGUUAUAUUGAAGGCUUGAACAUGCAAUUUAGGUACAUCACACACAAUUCUUUAACGAUUAGUUAAGACUGUCAGCUCAAGAGAUGUUCAGUUUAAACUUGUCAUAUCUAGCAGACUUUUUAAAGAACAAAAUGUUUACCAAAUAUUUUAGAUGAUGAAUUUGUUUUGAUGUAUUUAUUUCAUAGAUGCAUAUUUUGUGUUUUUGUAUAGUGCUGUUUUGAUGCCAUACAUAGAAUAAUAUUAAAAUCAAAUGAACCUUA